AUGGAAGCCUUGGGAAGGUGUUUGCCAAACUACUGUGAACAUGGAGGACACUGUGCCCAAUCCUGGACUACCUUCGACUGCAACUGUAGUGAAACUGGUUACACAGGCGCCACCUGUCAUGACUCCAUCUAUGAGCAAUCCUGUGAGGUGUACAGACACCGAGGAAACAAAGCUGGCUUCUUCUAUGUUGACUCUGAUGGCAGCGGGCCGCUGGGACCUCUCCAGGUGUACUGCAAUGUCACUGAGGACAAGAUCUGGACGAUGGUUCAGCACAACAACACAGAGCUGACUCGGGUACAGGGCUCCAACCCUGAGAAGCCCUAUGCCAUGACCUUAAACUAUGGGGGCAGUAUGGAGCAGCUGGAGGCUCUGAUUGAUGGAUCAGAGUACUGUGAACAGGAGGUGGCAUAUCACUGCAGGAGAUCUCGCCUGCUUAACACACCAGAUGGAGCCCCAUUCACCUGGUGGAUUGGGAGAGCCAAUGAAAGGCACCCUUACUGGGGCGGUUCUGUUCCGGGUGUCCAGCAGUGUGGGUGUGGCCUAGAGGAGAGCUGCCUGGACAUUCGCCACUUUUGCAAUUGUGAUGCAGAUACAGAUGAUUGGACAAAGGAUACUGGUUUUCUUACCUUCAAAGAUCACUUACCUGUAACUCAGAUAAUUAUCACUGAUACCAACAGAUCAAACUCAGAAGCUGCUUGGAGAAUUGGCCCUUUGCGUUGCUAUGGUGACCGACACUACUGGAAUGCCGUUGCCUUUUCUACUGAAGCUUCUUACCUCCACUUUCCUACCUUCCAUGCGGAAUUCAGCGCUGACAUUUCCUUCUUUUUUAAAACCACUGCUUUAUCUGGAGUUUUCCUAGAGAACCUUGGAAUGAAAGACUUCAUCCGACUUGAAAUGAGCUCUGCUUCUGAGGUCACAUUCGCCAUUGAUGUUGGGAACGGCCCUGUUGAGCUCCUUGUCCAGUCUCCUUCUCCUCUGAAUGACAACCAAUGGCAUUAUAUCCGGGCUGAGAGGAACCUCAAGGAGACCUCCCUGCAGGUGGAUAACCUUCCACGGAGUACAAGGGAGACCUCAGAGGAAGGCCAUUUCCGGCUUCAGCUGAAUAGUCAGUUGUUUGUAGGAGGAACAUCGUCAAGACAAAAAGGUUUUCUUGGAUGUAUCCGCUCUUUACACUUGAAUGGGCAGAAAGUGGAUCUGGAAGAGAGGGCAAAGGUCACAUCUGGAGUCAGACCUGGCUGCCCAGGUCACUGCAGCAGCUAUGGAAGUAACUGCCACAACGGGGGCAAGUGUGUGGAAAAGCACAGUGGCUACUCCUGUGACUGCACCAACUCACCAUAUGAAGGGCCUUUCUGCCAGAAAGAGAUUUCAGCUCUUUUUGAUUCUGGCAGCUCGGUUACAUACAUGUUUCAAGAACCAUACCCGGUGACCAAGAACACAAGCCUGUCAUCUUCAGCUAUCUACACAGAUACAGCCCCAUCCAAGGAAACAAUCACACUGAGCUUUGUGACAGCACAGGCCCCCAGCCUCUUGCUCUUCCUCAAUUUCUCGUCUCAGGAUUCUCUGGCUCUCCUGCUCGGCAAGAAUGGAAGUUUACAAGUUCGCUAUCGGCUAAACAUGGAAGAAAGUCAUGUGUUCACCAUCAGCACAGAGAACUUGGCCAACAGAAGGGUGCAUCAGGUGAAGAUUAGCCGAGAGGGGCCAGAGCUUUCCAUUCAGAUUGAGUUAUGA